CCUCUCCAUCAUUCCUUCCUCCCCAAUUUCGAUUUCAAUUCCAUUCAUGGGUUUACAGAAUCAGCUCACCGAUGUUUCAUCGGAUUCUAUACCGGUUUUCGUAUUGGCCAUCAUCGCCAACGGCGUUUGUUAUCUACGCUCACUCGUUUUUACCUUCCUUCACUCUCUAGGAAUCUCUCGUUACCGAUCCGAUGAUGUUGAUGACGCCAUGCUCUUUGACGCCGUUGGUUCUGGUUUAGCCGGACUCAUCCUCCUCGCUGACCAGCUCAAUCUCAACCGUAUCUUCUCCUACAAUUACAGUCUCCGUGCAGAAGGUCCGGAUCCGGCCGCUUCCGAAUGUGUCGUCUGCCUGAACCGCCUCACCGACGGUGAACAGGUCCGCAAAUUGGCGUGCCAACACGUUUUCCACAAGGAGUGCUUUGACGGAUGGCUUGAUCAUCUCAACUUCAACUGUCCGCUUUGCAGGUCGCCUUUGGUCUCCGACGAGCGCGUGGCCAUGACACGCCGCCGUAUGACGGAUGACGUGAUGGAUUGGUUCUCCUUGAGAUGAUGAAAUUACAGAGACGUAUAUAUAUAUUAUUAAAUAUAUACAUAUAUAUAUUUUAAGUAUGUGAUGAUGAUGAUAAGGUACUCAACGCGGCUAUGUUUGGUAAAAUCUUAUUCCAGAACAGAAAUUGUCAGUUCCAGAGAAGCAAUGCUAUGGUAACGUGUACCUGAUAGCAUCAAACGUCGUCUGUUACUUUGGAUUUGAAGAUUUCUGCUCUGGACAAAAGAUUCGCCAUGUUUUCGGUAUUGUUUUUUACCUGUUCCAGGGUUUUUCACCUUCCUGUAGGGUUUUUACUUGGAAAGCGGUUGAUGACAAUUUUGACGUUUGACAAAUUUUUAGGGGUUCUUAAUUCUUAAUUUUAACUUUCUGGUUUAUUGCUUCUCAGUUCUCAAUGUUUCGUAUGCUACACAAAUGUAUUCUCAAUAAAUGAAGUUCUUCUAUCCAUUUCUGGUUUUGCUUGGUUUGUUCAGGUAAAACUGAGCAUUCAUUGAUGAGUUGAGAGAUUGGGUGGUACCGAAUUGGAUUCAAAAUCUGUAAGUGAUUGAGAAUCCUUCCUUUCAUUUGCGUCGAGUGGUGUGUUGAUGGUUCUGCAUCAAAAGCUUAUUUCCCUCGCCAUGUAAAUGGCUUCUAGAUCUUACAAAAACAAAUCAAUUUUAACCAUGGGAAGGUCACCUUCUACCGCCAUGGAAAAUCCACUCCAAAGGAGGUUCUUACAGACGCUCUAAC